CUUCCACCCCCCCCCCCCUUUGGCGAAAGCUGGAUACUCCCCUGUACCCCCUCCCCCGUAUCCACAAACAUUAUCCCAGCUGCCCGUAUCCUCGUAUCCACGUAUCCGCGUAUCUUCGUAUCCAUGUAUCCAGUUAUCAGUACGGUAGUAGUAUCCACGUAUCCGCGUAUCCACGUAUCCUCGUAUCCAUGUAUCCAGUUAUCAGUACGGUAGUAGUAUCCACGUAUCCGCGUAUCCACGUAUCUUCGUAUCCAUGUAUCCAUUUAUCAGUACGGUAGUAGUAUCCACGUAUCCCAGUAUCCACGUAUCCUCGUAUCCAUGUGUAUCCACGUAUCUUAGUAUCCAUGUAUCCGCUUUUAUCUCAAAAACGUAAUUUCUAAAAAAGUUAACAAGUACCGGUACGUCGUAUCCGUUGUUUUCUCGUUUUAAAAUCUAGAGAUUUUUGUAAUCGAUUCAUGACAUUGGAUUCUAAAGCCCAUCUCACUGCCAUCUCUUCUGCUACGAGCCUGCGACUUCUUCCCAAGAAAAUAUCUUCCGUUGACCACUUGAAUAAUGAUUAAGAAUCUCCGAAGUUAAUUUCUGAAAUAUGGGUCUGAUCUGCCGAAUUUCAAUUUCGUCCGCUCCUUCGAUAGAACGAUGAGGUGUGGUGUAUUGUGGGUGAUCGUCGACGGCUAGUUCUCAAGGUACCCGUGCGCGAGGUUUACGCAGAUUUCAAAGCAUGGCAAGCCAAGAACUUCAGAACAGCAUGCAUCAUUCCCAGAUUGACCGGAAGACAUCAUUACCCCCAUUAGACGCAUCAACAGGUGCUGCAGCGGUUACCGUCGUUUCUUACAACAUCCUAGCAUCCAUCCACAUCAAGCCGCGGGGAUACCCGUUCUGUCCGACAGGACACCGGGAGACGAUUGAAAGGCAUCACCAGUUGAUGGUUGAACUUCGUAUCCAUGGCGAUGCAGACAUCAUUUGCUUACAAGAGGUAGAGACCGAUUAUUACCACCAGACAUUACUUCCAGAACUGCAGAGUCUGGGUUACCAUGGUGUUCACCAUCAGAAGGCAUUGGGAGUACGAGAGGGUGUGGCCACCUUCUACCGCUCAGAAAGGUUCAGGCUUGAGAAACAAGAGGCUGCUCAUUUCAAAGACUGGAUAGCUCAGAAACUGGAAGUAGAAGAGAUUGACGGAGAUCUUUGUGAAGCUAUCGAGAGUCGUGCUGAGUAUGAGACCCCCAUCUUGCUUACAUCCGUCACCUGUCUGAAUACAGGGCGCCCUCUCACAGUCGCAAAUGUUCACCUAGUGUGGCAGACCAGUAUUGUACCGGACCUUAAUGCAAUGCAGGCUGCUCUUGCUGUUCAAAGACUUCAAGAAUUCUCACCACCAGAGGGCGCUUGCAUCAUGUGCGGUGAUUUCAAUCAUCGGCCGGACAUGCCCGGCUAUCAACUCGUCAGAGACGGUCGCCUAGACGACAAGAGUCGCAUGGAUCUAAGGAAAUAUCCAUUCCAUUCAAAGACCAAUGAUGAAGGACAUGAAAAGGAAUCUUGUCUGGUUGACGUCCUUCCUCACUGGUUUUGCCAUAGCUUCAAGAAUUUGAAGAGUUCAUAUGCAGAGAUUCGGGGAAAGGAACCACCAUUCACUUGCUACACAGAUGACUAUGGACUUAAGUGGAUAGAAGCAUACACAAAACACAACAAAUUGGAAGGAUUUUUAGGAGAGAUUGUCCAUGCCCCCCGCCCCCCCCCAUGUGUACGCGAGCGCAAGUUGAUGAUUUCUAAGAAUUAGACCAUCUCCUAGUAGACCAAGUGAGUAUUACACAUACUGUAUAGGAAUCCAGUAAGCACUACUAAUCACUGUAUUUUUGCUCUUGCUCAUCAGCAAGAAGAAGCCACCGAUUCCCCAACACCAAGGCACUUUCCCUUGAAGGUCAUGGAUUCAAAUCUCAACAGAAGCAUUGCCCCACCCCGCAGCAUAAAGACCUUAGAUUACAUCUGGUAUUCAUCGGAGAAGCUUAGGUGCCUCGGGGUAGAGGAAGUCGUCGGGAAGGAAGUGAUUGCCCCCUACUGGGCCUGCCCUAACCAGAUCUUUCCCUCAGAUCAUCUGUUGGUGAAAGCAAGAUUUGUUUUUCAUGAUCUGUGACAAACACUCACUGUCAGUUUAGUUCAACAAGAUCCAGGGUGUUUUGCGAAAAGAAUUGUUUGAUUGCAUUUCAACAGAUCAAAUGCAAGUGGAUGCUAAUGAUCGGUUGAAACAGGUUUAGUUCGAUUCUUUGGAGUUGUGUUUGAUUGUAAUUCUCUUGCCAAUGGACAUUAACAAAAACACCUCACCGUAUGAAUGAUUUUAUGUGGUUUAUUGCUGUGUAUAAGAAUUGUAGUACGGUUUUUCUAAAGGUAUUAGUGACCGUAGCAUUACUAAGAGUUGUGACUCUUCAAAUCAAUCUCAUCUCUAUUAUGAAGGGCCUUUGGUGCCAUAAUUUAACAUCAAGAAGGCAUAUGCACUUUUUACCUACUUGUAAAUUAACAUACUAAUCCAUAUAAAUUGUAAUGCAUGAAAGAGUGUUCGUCAUAUUUGAAUGAACAUGAUACAUUUUCAUUUUUUUACCUGUAUUCUCUCAAUGUUGGUCAUGGUUAGAUACUUCCUGUACACUUUGUCACUGUGCAUCAUUUGUUUUGCAAUGUUCUUUAUUGAUCCACUUGAGAGAAGAAGGAUAGGGGAAGGCGGGGUAAGUUGUGACACUUUUUGCAUUUUGCAUGAUAGAAUUGAUAUGACUAAUAAUAUUUUAGAAAUAAGUACCUUGCCUUUAAAUAUGAUUAUUGGGAAAUCUUUUUCACCUAUAUACAAUUUUCUACCCCCACUCUGAAAGUUGUUGUGACCUUUGAAAAAAACGAUGUCAAGUGGCACAACUUGCCCCAUCUGUGGGGUAAGUUGAGCCACAAAAACUAUGUACAAAAUGAAUGCGGGAAGAACCAGCAUGUCAAUAUUUUAUUUAAAGUCUUUUUCACUUGCUAAUUCUCUAUAAAUACUAACAUUUUCUAAAAGGAAAAGAACUGUCAUGUGAAUUUGCUCUUUUCUGCCUGCAUAUCAAUGGCUUUUUAAGGUUUGAUUUUUUUUUUUAAUUUACAUUACCAUAAGAAUUACCAUGGCUCAACUUGCCCCAUGUUGGCUGGCUCAACUUACCCCAGUCCGAACGUUAUGCGAUAAUUUUGCAUCCACACAUUUCUUAUGCAUCCAUCAUGUAAAAGACUGUGACAAGAAUGAAGAUCCAUACCUGGACUAACAAUGUUGUUCUUAUGUCUUUAUUAUAUAUAAAGACGUAUGUGUGUAAAACACACUUAUCUAUUUCACACCCUUUUUACUUUUUUGGCUGAAAUUUGUAUUUUUCCCUCUAAAAAAGUACUUUUUGUUUCAAAGUUGAAAGCAAUGUGGUGGGGUUAAGGGUUAUGUAAUGGGUCAUCAAUACAUGACACCACCAUAAUGUCUGACUCAUUCAUUAUUGGCCUGGGGCUGGUGGCUCAACUUGCCCCUAUGCUCAACUUACCCCGCCUUCCCCUACUAAUUUCACACAGGUCCAAUGAAUUGGAUUUCUUAAUGACAAAUAUAAUACCAAGGCCCCGUCUUACAAAUAGAUAUGAUUGAUCCAAUCAACAACAACUAAGGAAAGCCAGCAACGUCGACAUCUAAAGUGCAUGUUUGUUUAAAAUAUUUUCCAGAUAUGAUGUAUAUUCAUACUUUCAUCGUUCUCUUGAAGAUUCAGUGUGAUUCUCUUUGUUUACUACGGAAUUUGUGCAAAUUUUCUGUAAAAAAAAAUUAUGGUAUGGAUGGGUUUCCGUACAGAUUAGAUUAAUUCGAUCAAUCGUAAUUCUCUGUAAGACGGAACCCUGAUAACAUGCUUGCCCAGGUAAUUCAAUUUAAAACCCACUUUGGGAUUGGGGUGCGUCACAAAGGUAAUCCAACCUCAUUCAUAUGUUUAAUAAUGACAAUGAUGAUAACAAUAAUCUGCUUUUUAUAGCACUGAACAACGUCUGUAAGCAAUUUACAAAUAUGUACAAUGAGGGUUAUGGUUUUCCCCAAUUGUCAGAAUGAUCUUCGAUAGCUAUUUUCCAUUUAUCUGGUGUUUUCAUCCUCAAUACUUUAAUUUCUUGAAUUAAUCAUUAAAGAAACGUUAACAUUAAUCAUUAAACAAAUGUUUCAUGAAUGCACAGACAUUAUGUUAUUUUGCUAGUUUAUUCCAUGAUAUAUAGUUAAAUCUACACAUUCAUGAAAAAAAAUGUGCUAGUUCUUAUGAAUGUUACAAGUUUUGUUCUGGAAGCAUUAAAGUGGAAUCUAACCUAAAUAAAAACUUGUUUCCAGAGGAAAUAGAAAAAUCAGAGAAGGUGAUCGUUGAAAGUUUGAACAACCUCGGACAAACAAUAAGAAAGUUAUGAUUUUUUUUUUAAGUUGUAAAAAUUGGUAGUCACUGUGCCCAUGGAGACUUCAAAUUUUCUGCAUAUGUGAUGUCAUAGUAAUGUAAGGCAAGGACUGCUCUUCCAUGUAUUCCUAUAAAUAAAAUGACUAAAAUUUCAUUUUUUUUUUCAAAAGUCUUCAAAUUAUAUUUUCUUUCAUGAGGACAUAAAACAAUAUACUACCUGGGUUAUAUUUAGAUUGCUGCCCCAGGGGAAAGUGUACUUUAUGAGAAAACCACAAAUCCCUGAUAAUUAAAGGGAUGGUCCAGGCUGAAAGUAUGUAUAGCUUAAUAAAUAGAUUAGAAUUCACUGAGCAAAAUGCCGAAAAUUUCAUCAAAAUCGGACAACUAAUAACAAAGUUAUUGAAUUUUAAAGUUAAGCAAUAUUUAGCAAUAUUUUGUGAAAACAGUCGUCAUGAAUAUUCAUUAGAUGGGCUGAUGAUGUCACAUCUCCACUUGUUCCUUUGUAUUUUAUUAUAUGAAAUUAGGUUUAUUCAAAUUUGUUCCUCCAAGAACUAGAAAAAUUGGAUUGACAACUGAAUAGUGCAUUAGAUAUUCAUUGCUGCAACUUAUUUCAUUAUAAGGGAGACAUUAUUCACACAAGUAUGAAAUAAUGAAAAAAAUAUGGUUUUAUGUAAUAACAUAAGAAAACGGAAAGUGGAGAUGUGACAUCAUCAGCCCACCUAAUGAAUAUUCAUGACGAGUCUUUUUUGCAAAAUAUUGCUAAACUUUAAACUUCAAUAACUUUAUUAUUUGUUUUCCGAUUUUGAUGAAAGUUUCGGCAUUUUGCUCAGUGAAUUGUACUCUAUGUAUUUAGAUAUAAAUAUUUUCAGCCCGGACCAUCCCUUUAAGUACAUGGCCUUUGGAUAAGUUUUCCUUGCCCCUUGUCAUAAUUUACGUACCCACUUGCCAAUUUGAAAUCUACAUAUAAUAGGAAUCUCAAAUUUAAAGCAGUCAUAAUUUCUUAUUGCUUGUCAAAUUUCUGUCAAAUUUUCACCAUUCUGUUUUGUUAAUUUUUCUCCUUUCCAACACAACAUUUAAAGACCAAGGCUGAAUUGGAAAAAUGUCAACAUGAAAAGUCAUUGAAAUUUAUAAAAUUCAUCCAUAAAACAGUGCUGAGAUGAGGCAGGGAGCAGUGACCCCCCCCCUUUUUUUUGGGGGGGGGGGAGGGACUCUACACUAGUUAACAUUCUUGAAUCUGAGGAAAGCAAAUCUUACUUUGCAUUUUCAAAAUCAUUCAAACCAAAGCUUGUGCCGUAUUUUGCAAUUCUUAACCCUAAAAUAUAAAAGCCCCUCUUACGGUUGUUCUGCUUGGUAGCAUGUCUCAAAUACUAGUAUGUAAUCGUGGAUCAUUCUGCAUUGGGUCCAUGAUUUAAGUAAUAUUUCAUUCCUCACCCUCCCCCCCCCCCCUCCAGGGAAAAAAAUCUUGUACACUCUUGCAUGUUGCUAUUAAAUUAAAACAAUUUAAUGUACCAGUAUUUUCUGAACUGUUAAAGAAAUGAUGAUAGGAAUACAAAUUAAUUCAUAAACCAUGUGGAUAUGAGCUAAUAGUUUGUUAUAAAUGUAAUUGCAUGUGGACAUUCAUCUAAUAUAUUGUCUGGAAUAUUAUAGAUGUAUUUUUUUUACCAGGAAAAGUUAACCUUUUCCCCCACCUGGCAGCUGGCUGCCAAUUCACAAUUUUGAAAUGCAAUAAAGUAGACUGAAACCUA